CAUCAUGGCUUCGACUGAUGAGAAUUCCAAUGCUGUUUUACAAGGAAUUGCCAGGCAUAUCAACUGUUUAUCUGAAGAAAAUCGAAACACAAGGAAGCGGGCACUUGAGGGAAUUAAGAAAGACACGUUACAGAGGAAUCCACAGCUCGAUAAGACAGAAUUACAGACCGUUUUCAGUGAGGUACUGAAGCCACUCCUCAAGACUGUUUCUGACCCGGUUGAAAAAUGCCGAGAGCUGUCAAUUUCUAUCCUCGCAGAGUUUUUGCAGAACGUGCCGAGCCCUGGGGAAUGUCUGCCAUAUGUAAUGCCUGUUCUCGUACAAAGACUUGGACAGCAGGACAUCAUAGAGCAUUCAGAAGAACUCCGACUGCAAAUGGUGGAAAUGCUGUCCCAAAUUGUAACUCUCUCUGCGGAUAAAAUGGUGGUGUAUAUGGACGACACCAUUCGUAUACUGCAGAGAACUAUUCAGGACCCAUUCCCGGAGGUGAAAAAGGAAAGCUGUAAAUGUGCUUCAAAAUUAGCAAAAUCCAUUCCUCAGCAUUUUCAUAUGCAGUCAGAGUCACUAAUCAAACCAUUAUUGACAGCCAUCUCCCAUCAGCAUUCUAGAGUUCGUGUUUGUGUUAUAGAGGCAAUCGGUGAUGUUAUACAGUAUGGCAAUGGCAAGUCUGUGGAUGAUGUGGUGUCCCAUCUGGCCCAGAGAUUGUUUGACCGAACACCUACAGUUAGACAGGCUGUUACCAAGGUAACUGGUAACUGGCUUCUGGACCUUUGUGACCGAUAUUCAUUUUUCCACAAACUUAUGCCACUUCUGUUAACUGGCCUGAGGGAUGAACAACCUUCCAUUCGGGAAUUGGCAGACAAUUUUUGGCAUGACAUCGGAAUAAAAUAUGCCAGAGAAAAUGAAGAUGACCUGAAAGAUAAGAUGGAUUUUGACCAGGGUCCUCCAAAGCAUUAUCCUCCAAAGGUGGAGCGGUCUAAUCUUGGCUGUCGCACCCUGAUGAUGAGGAAUGUUAGUAAGAUAUUACCAGGUCUGGUGCGAGAUCUGGGAGAUUGGGUGGCUGACACCAGGAUCAAAUCAGCCUCUUUACUCUACACUCUCCUCAUCAACUGUGAGGACUACAUCACCCAGCACAUGGAGAUUCUUCUGUCAGGCCUUUACAAAGCCAGCAUGGAUGAAGAGAAACAAGUGGUUGCUGAUGUACAAAAAGCUGCUGAGGUGAUAGGUUACUUUGUGAAGCCUGAAGUCUGGUGUAAGCUGAUGCUCCCUGCCAUAAAAUCUGCCCAGAGUUCUGGCCCCUUGAUGGUGAUGGCUUCUGUGAUUCAAGGCAGCGAACGUUCCCAGCUGAAGCCUUAUCUUACAGAGAUAACAGCAGCACUGGUGGCUUCAGAUGUCUGUCAGACUAUACAGCCUCAGUAUCAGGUACAGCUGUUACACUGUGUCCAAUCUCUCAUCACAGUGUCAGACACGGACUGUCAGGAUGUCAGUUUACAACUCUUUACCGUACUCCUCACAGUGUUAACAUUACAGCAGGAUCCGGCUGUCAAGGAGAAGGUGGAGAAAGGUCUGGAAUCUCUGAGUAAAGCUGAAGGACUGGGUUCUAGAGUGGAAUUGUUCAGACGUCACACUAAAUCUGUGUUGCUCUCAUUCUCACCAGGUUAUGAGGAUUGGACCACUCACUCUGUAGAGAGGUACAUCUUUGACACGCUUCUUUUGGAAGCAGGCAGUGUGGUAGGGGAGAAUCUAGAACACAUCAUCCCAGUGUUCAUAGUCAACCUGAACCCAGACAAAGACCCAGAAGUCAGACUCAAGUUUUUCACCUUGCUGUCAAAGCUGAUGAUGGAUGCUGGCUCUACAGUGGACUCACUCGGGAUGUUUGGGGAGUUUGGGGGGAUAGUGGUGGAGAAAAUGAUCCUGCCUAACUGUACAUGGAGGGCUGGGCAUGUGGCAGGGGCUAUCAGGACCACGGCUGUUUCUUGUCUUUGGGCACUACUACAGAGCGGGGUUCUCACCAAACAGAGGCUGGAGCCCAUGACUGAGGACAUGAUAACACCUAUCAUUAGCCUGAUGGACGACGACAACAAGACAACACGGCUGGUCAGCUGUCGUGUCAUGACGCGUAUCUUUGACAUGAUGGGGACAUCCAUGGAACAGGACAGACUGCACAACAUGUACCCAGAGUUUCUGAAACGACUAGACGACAGCAGUGACGAGAUUCGAGUGACGGUCGCUCGGACAUUCCUGGCUUACUUCAGCUGUUUUAGAGAGGGGUAUGAUGCACAGCUGUACAAGGCCCACCUGGAGGCUAUAUACAGGGGACUGUUGGUUCACCUGGAUGACCCAGACACCAAAAUACAGGAGGCUAUACUAGGUGUGCUAAAAGAAGCAGGUAAAAUUCAUCCAGCGCUGUUGGUGCAAGAAGUGGAGCUUGUCAAACACAAACACCGUAGCCCAAAAUACUGUAAUGACUUAGUACAGUUUGCCAACACUCUGAAGUCAUGAUACCAUUCUACAAUGUCAUCAUGCCUUUAUUUAUUACAUCCUCUGUCUAUUGUAAAAUCUCACUCUUGGUUUUUUCCCAAGUUCAUUAUGAACCAUGAACCACAUUUUGCAUUGUAUCAAUAAACCAAAACAUCAGUAGUACAUAAGGUGUUGUGAUUGAUUAUUGUUUGCCUACCACAUAACUUGGACCCACUUCAGUGGCCAAAUGGUUAAGGCGUCUGCCUUGAUAUCAGAAGAGUGGGAUCAAGCCCGAGUCUGAUCAUAUCAAAGACUUUAAAAAUGGUACUUGUUGCUGCCUUGCUUGGCCGCUUAGCACUGACAGGAUAGACUUGCAGCUAGGAAACCAGACUGGUUGAUCCGACAUAAUGUAACUUGGUGUGGUGUCAUUUCUGGCGUCUUCGACAUGAUACUUCAUUUUUGGUAGCAUGGAUUAACCC